UUGAGCUGUGAAAUCGGCCGCCAUCUAAGCAUAAACACAACACAAAGCAUGAUUGUUGUGUCAGGAGAGAGAAGCAUGUCCCCUUUACACACUCUCUCUCUAGCUUUUGGGAUUCUAUAUAAGAGACACUAUCUUCACUUUGUUCUCUUUGUCCCUCUACCUUCCAUACACACAAACCUCUCUCCCUUACCACUUCAUUUCGAUUCUAACAAGUCUCGUCUUCCCUAAUUAAAGAACCAGGUUUUGUCGAGAUGGAGAGGCUAAACUCGAAGCUGUACCUGCAAAACUGUUAUAUAAUAAAGGAGAACGAGAGGUUGAGGAAGAAAGCUCAGAUUCUGAAUCAAGAGAAUCAACAACUUCUCUUCGAACUCAAACAAAAGCUCUCCAAAACCAAGAACUCUAAUGGAUCAAAUCAAGGAAACAACAACAAUCUCUCUUCAUCAAGCUCUGCUUCUGGACAAUCCUGAUCGAACAACAAAACGCUUUAGGACAAGAUUUGGAUUUGCUUAAUUAGAGAACCCAUCAUUUUUAUUUUCUUUUAUUGGUGUAAUGUAAGAAAAAAUAGUUAAGAAGUGGUUAGUGUUAGUAUUAUUAUUUAUUAAUUAUGGAGUAGUUUUUUAUUUUUGUUGGGUUCUUCUAAUUAAUUUACUACAAAAAGGACAGAAGCAUUGUGUGCUCUCUGGCCUAUCUUCUGAGGGAUAUUUUACUUUUGUUUCCAUUUAUAUGUUAAUUAGAUUUUCUAUUUUGCCUUUUCAUGUGGGGUUUGGUUGUUUAGGACAUGGUGGAUUCUGGGACUACAUUGUACCUUCUGCUCUUCUCUUAAACAACCAGUAUCUUUAUAUU